AUGGGAGCCUGCAUGUCGGCACAAGGCAUCGAGGUCUCGGAAGAGGACAAGCGGCUGCAUCGAGAGGCAGAGAAGAACUUGAAGGAGGCCAAGGUGCAAAUGGCUCGCCAGGUCAAGGUGUUGCUCCUCGGGUCCGGUGACUCUGGAAAGUCAACCAUCCUGAAGCAAAUGCGCCUCAUCCACAGCGUGCCGUUCAACGCCCAGGAGGUCGAGUCCUAUCGGCAGCUCGUCUUCAACAACCUCACUCUCGGUUUCAAGUAUCUGCUCGACGCCAUGGAGGAUAUGAAUCUCGAGGUGUCGGAGGAGAACUUGCCAUAUCUCAGGCUCGUCGAGGAAGCGCAGGACCUUAGGGACAACCAGCCGUUCCCAAAGGAGUUCCAUGAACCACUGCAGAAGCUGUGGGAAGACCCCAGCGUUCAGAAGUGCUGGGACCGUGGCAACGAGGCCGCCAUCCCAGAAAACCUGGCUUACUUCUAUGCUGACCUCAACCGGCUGUUUGAACCGUCGUACCAACCGUCUGAGCAGGAUAUUGUCCAUACCCGGGCACGGACGAUCGGUAUCACUGAAACACGCUUCCAGCUCCGCGACCAUGAGAUGCUGAUGGUCGACGUCGGUGGUCAGAAGAGCGAGCGCCGGAAGUGGAUUCACUGUUUCCAGGACGUCACGAGCAUCUUGUUCCUCGUCAGCCUAAGUGGUUACGACCAAUGUCUGAUUGAAGACAGGGACGCCAACCAAAUGCAAGACGCCAUGACCAUCUGGGAUUCAAUAUGUCACUCGCAGUGGUUCAAGUCGACAUCAAUCAUUCUGUUCCUGAAUAAAUAUGAUCUCUUCCAGAAUAAGAUAAGAUAUUCGGAUAUCAACAACUACUUCCCAGACUACGACGGCGAAUCCGGAGACCCGCAAGCCGGACAGGAGUACUUCAAGAAGCGGUUCGCAAGACUCGCACAGAAGGCCAACCAGAAGGAACGUGAGAUAUACAUCCACAUCACGACUGCUACCGACACCAACAUGCUACGAGUUGUCAUGGCCGCCGUUGAAGGUACGUACCUCUGUCUUCGGCGUUUUUACGAGUUCUGA